CCAAUAGCAGAGGGAGACAUCGGGACCUCUCUGUUCAGUCUCUCUCUGUCUUGCAGACGCGUCUCUGUCUCUCAGCACAGAGCUCUUAUUCAGACCUAGCUCUGCCCUUCCUGCUCCGACUGUGUUCCUUUUUCUUCCUGACCAGAAGACUAUUUACGACAGAAACAACGAAUUUCCUCCAAACGGCGGUGUCGGUGAUCCUCACAUUCCUUUGGAGGAGCAAAUCUAGAGGAGAUUCGAGAAAGCAAAGGCGCCUGGACUAAAUACAUCCUCCUGAUUCAUACCCUUAGUCCGGGUUCCCUAGAAAAAUCUGGAUGUGUAAAAAGAACAUUUACAGCCCAUGCAGCUUUUCCACGGCUAAGGUAUCCGUUUGACUUUCAACCCAGGGCAAAUUGGAAUGGCUAUGAACAUCUCUAUGAACUCUAAAACCUUCAGUUGUAAAGAUGAAAUUAUAUGGAGAGGCCUACUUGAAACAUUAUCGUAGUGUGGAAUAUAUCAUUCUUAGCUUCCACAUCUGAUAUUCCUCAAAAGGAAAAAAUGUGCCGAGAUGGAAAAGAAAUCAAGUAGAUUUCCAUGGAGGCGUUUUUAAAGGCAUCUUCUUAGAAGGACAAUGUAAUGGCUGACUGCUCUGCCUUGGAGUUUUCAUAAGGAAUCAUUGCCCUUGGGAGGUGUUGGAUGCUCGCCACUUCCUUGGAGCCUCGCUUUUGCUGGAAUCUGGUUCCGGAAUUAAGGGAGGACCGCUCUCUCGCAAUGGGCUGCCAAGAAAACCGCUGGGUUUGUUCUUAACGUUGGGCUCUGUCUAUGACCCAUCUGAGAGGCUUCCUAGCAAGCCUGUCCCCUCUCCUGGGUCUUUUGCUCCCUGGAAAGCCCUCUCUCUCCAAGAGCUUGCUUUACGUCUUUGUUUGCUCUGAGUUGUAUGCCACAGACACCUGCGAAUGUGGAAGCGAACAAUGUCGAGACCCAAGAGACUGUUAUGGCUUCCAUUGUUCUUCACCCCGGUCUGCGUCAUGUUGAACUCCAGUGUUCUCCUGUGGAUAACCGCUCUUGCCAUUAAGUUCACGCUCAUUGACUGCCAGGCACAGUAUCCUGUUGUCAACACAAAUUACGGCAAAAUCCGGGGUCUAAGAACACCAUUGCCCAAUGAGAUUUUGGGUCCAGUGGAGCAAUACUUGGGGGUCCCUUAUGCCUCGCCUCCCACUGGAGAGAGACGGUUUCAGCCCCCGGAACCCCCAUCUUCAUGGACUGGGGUUCGAAAUGCCACCCAGUUUGCUGCUGUGUGCCCCCAACACCUGGAUGAGAGGUCUCUCUUGCAUGACAUGCUGCCCAUAUGGUUUACCGCCAAUCUGGAUACUUUAAUGACCUACGUGCAAGAUCAAAAUGAAGACUGCCUUUACUUAAACAUCUACGUGCCCACGGAGGAUGGAGCCAACACAAAGAAAAACGCAGAUGAUAUAACCAGUAAUGACCGUGGUGAAGAUGAAGACAUCCAUGAUCAGAACAGUAAGAAGCCAGUUAUGGUCUAUAUCCAUGGCGGAUCUUAUAUGGAGGGUACCGGCAAUAUGAUUGACGGCAGCAUCCUGGCGAGCUAUGGGAACGUCAUUGUGAUAACAAUUAACUACCGGCUGGGAAUUUUGGGGUUUUUAAGUACCGGUGACCAGGCGGCCAAAGGCAACUAUGGGCUCCUGGAUCAGAUCCAAGCACUGCGGUGGAUUGAGGAGAACGUUGGCGCCUUUGGUGGGGAUCCCAAGAGGGUGACCAUCUUCGGCUCAGGCGCGGGAGCCUCUUGUGUCAGUCUCUUGACCUUGUCCCACUAUUCAGAAGGUCUGUUCCAGAAGGCGAUCAUCCAGAGCGGGACCGCCCUGUCCAGCUGGGCAGUGAACUACCAGCCUGCCAAGUACACUCGGAUAUUGGCAGAUAAAGUCGGCUGCAACAUGCUGGAUACCACGGACGUGGUGGAAUGCCUUCGGAAUAAGAACUACAAAGAGCUUAUUCAGCAGACAAUCACCCCGGCCACAUAUCACAUUUCCUUCGGUCCUGUCAUCGACGGGGAUGUUAUCCCAGAUGACCCUCAGAUCCUGAUGGAGCAGGGGGAGUUCCUUAAUUAUGACAUCAUGCUUGGUGUCAACCAAGGGGAAGGCUUAAAGUUUGUUGACGGCAUAGUGGACAAUGAAGAUGGCGUGACGCCCAACGACUUUGACUUCUCCGUGUCCAACUUUGUGGACAACCUUUAUGGCUAUCCGGAGGGGAAAGACACCUUGCGGGAGACCAUUAAAUUCAUGUACACGGACUGGGCAGAUAAGGAAAACCCGGAAACUCGACGGAAAACCCUGGUAGCUCUCUUUACGGACCACCAGUGGGUGGCCCCCGCUGUGGCCACAGCUGACCUGCACGCCCAGUAUGGCUCUCCAACAUAUUUCUACGCCUUCUACCACCACUGCCAAAGCGAAAUGAAGCCCAGCUGGGCAGACUCAGCCCACGGCGACGAAGUACCCUAUGUGUUUGGGAUCCCCAUGAUUGGCCCUACUGAACUCUUCAGCUGUAACUUCUCCAAGAAUGAUGUCAUGCUCAGCGCAGUGGUCAUGACGUACUGGACAAAUUUCGCCAAAACUGGUGACCCUAACCAGCCAGUUCCUCAGGAUACCAAGUUCAUUCACACGAAACCCAAUCGCUUUGAGGAAGUGGCCUGGUCCAAAUAUAACCCCAAAGACCAGCUCUAUCUGCAUAUUGGCCUGAAACCCAGAGUAAGGGAUCACUACCGAGCUACGAAAGUGGCUUUCUGGUUGGAACUCGUCCCUCACUUGCACAACUUGAAUGAGAUAUUCCAGUACGUUUCGACAACCACCAAGGUCCCUCCUCCCGACAUGACCUCCUUCCCCUAUGGGACCCGGCGAUCUCCUGCGAAGAUAUGGCCAACGACCAAACGCCCAGCGAUCACUCCCGCUAACAAUCCGAAACACUCCAAGGACCCUCACAAGACGGGGCCCGAGGACACAACCGUCCUCAUCGAAACCAAACGGGAUUAUUCCACUGAAUUAAGCGUCACCAUCGCCGUGGGGGCAUCCUUACUCUUCCUCAACAUUUUGGCAUUCGCAGCACUGUAUUACAAGAAGGAUAAGAGACGCCACGAGACUCACAGGCGCCCCAGUCCCCAGAGAAAUACCACCAACGACAUUGCUCACAUCCAGAACGAAGAGAUCAUGUCCCUGCAGAUGAAACAGCUGGACCACGACCAUGAGUGUGAGUCGCUGCAGGCUCACGACACCCUGAGGCUCACCUGUCCGCCAGACUACACCCUCACGCUGCGCCGGUCCCCAGAUGACAUCCCUCUUAUGACCCCAAAUACCAUCACCAUGAUCCCAAACACACUGACGGGAAUGCAGCCUUUGCACACCUUCAAUACCUUCAGUGGAGGGCAAAACAGUACCAAUUUACCCCACGGACAUUCAACCACCAGAGUAUAGCUUUGUGGGUCCCUUCCCUUCCCUCUGUUCCUCCCCUCAGCAGCAUCGAAGAGAGACAGAAAGACAGAAGCAGCAUCUCCACACAAGGAAUGUUUUUCAUCCCACUAACUUGAGACAAAAGAGCAAAAGGGCGGUCAUCGCGUCCCCGGACCCGUCCCAUUGGCAUUUCCCGGUAUGACAAGAUCAACUUCUGACCCUAUGAAAUGUGAAAAGUAUACAUUGCUGUUACAAUACUGCUUUAAGAUCUCCACCACUCCAGCCAACGUUUAGUGUGACUAGGACAUCGCCCUUUCAAGGACUUGGAUGUUUCCAACAUAACAAUCGAAGCUGACACUUCUAGAACUCGGCCAGGGACACGAUUUUUUUUUUUUUUUUAAUUAUGAUUGAAAAAAAAAAAAAGUUCUUUAUGUGCCAUAUGAUGGAUGGCUCUACUUCAGUGAAGAAAGAGUUUAUGGGCUUUUACCCAGCAUAUGGAGCUGUAAUCUAGAGAGAAGGCAAAGUAGAAUUUUAUUAUUAAAAUAAAAGAACUGACUAUGCAGUAACAUACGUAUAGUUCUGUGCAAAGAGAUGUUUGGCCAGCCUGAACUAUAUUUAAGAAACUUUGUAAAGAAAAAUGUAUAUAGCUGUGAGUUUAAACAAAAACACACACAGAAAACAACAACAACAAAAAACGGACAAAAAAGCUUUUAUUGGUGUUUUCAGUUUGAAAGAGCUUUUAGCAAGAUUGUGUUUUCCAUUGUGGUCUGUAUGUAUAUAAGUAUAUAUAUACAUUAGUCAUAUCACCUCUGUUUCCUCCAGGACAAAGGAGGAUUUUCUUCUUAAUUACUUGUGGUAAACGAAGACACGGGGUUUUCUAAUGCAUUUCAUUUGUACGAGGACGUGGUGUCACACAGCGGACCCAGACCGUCUGUGUGGCUGGGCUCUUUCCCCUUUUCAGGUUGCACAAGUGCAUGAGACAGCAUUUUUAGGAGACUGUUGUUUUAGGAAACUUUUAUUUUUGUGUGUUAAGCCUUCAUGAAGUUGCCACACAAAGAUGGAUCCCCAACGUGGAGUCUAUUUAAAGCUUUUUGAAUUAGAGACACGCACAUGCAGAGCGACAGCAGGAAAAACAAAAUACAAAUCUCGUUCUGUAGUUCUGGUUCUUUGAAUACGUUUAGGAAGAGUUGCUUCCCACCCCAGGGUCCUGCCAAAAAGGAAAGAAAGCUUGCCUUUGGUGGGGCCGUGCCCUGCCGAGUAAAUACGGCUCUGUGUUCCCCAGCAGCUGCGGAAGAGUUUGGCUGGUAAGGUACCUGCUCAGCUUAGCUAAUCAGAUUGAAGGAGGGCAUGUGUCUUUCCUUUUGUGUUGAAGCAGUAAGUCCCUUAUUUAUCAGUAGGCAGGGUUUUUUAUUCUUUAUACCAUUUAUGGGAUAAAACAUAUGCUUGUCUGAAAAUAUUACUUUCUGUGGGUUUGUGUAUCAGUCACUGAUCAAUGAAUAUCAUAGAAAGAAAACAAAAAAGACAGAAGAUUAAAAAUGCUUUGCAUGGGUUUUGCAGGAAGUUAGGAUAGCUUCACUGUCAGGAUAACAUAUUCACCCAUUUUGAAUUGGCAACUUGGAGACUAGACAUUUGUCCCUCCAACACCUUGUCAUCUUCUCAUUGUCCUUUUAAUUUUCCUCAAGGAAUAUUUUGAGUGUCAUAAAGUGGGAGGAAAAAGUAAUAACAAUGAUUCCUUUAUAUUUGUCUUUUAAAAAUUAUUGCAACAUCAGGAAAUAGUAGCCAAAGAUAUUUGAAGAUAGUGUCUCUGGGCUUGAUUGUGUUUAUUCUAGAAACCCAGUCUUGAAAGUCAUUGCUAAAUUGGGCAUCCUCCACAAAGACAGUCCAACUUCCUUGCCCCAUUGCACACCUUUGAGUACUGAACCCCUAAACUAAAACUGUAGUGAUAUAUAUCAGAGUGUUUGAAAAUGCCCUCUAGAGAAAGACAGCUCUUAGAAAUGCAUAUAAGAGUCACACAAUAAAUUCUGUGUGGUUUAUCUUGGUUUAAAUUUGAGAGUGAUUCUCUGUAUAUACCUAUGCGAAAUAUUAGAAUCCCAACUUUGCACACAGUGAAGCAACACUCCCUUUUUGCAGCUAGAGGUGUCAUGGGUAAGAUUUUUGUCCCCCCGUUCAUCAUCUUCUAAAGCUAUUGUCAGGCCAUUUCUGCAAGCUAUGUAUUACCCCAGCUGGGCUAUGGCAAAUAGGCUCUCCAUGAAACCACGAAGGAAGUGAUGGUUGGCAUCGGUGUCGGUCCAGUAUGUCUGUAAUGUGAAUUCCAGUAUUUGUUUAGUAUUUCCAAUUGUCUUCUGCUAGCAAUAUGCACAGUAAUGUAUCAGGCUUGUGACAUUUGGAUAAGGAUAAAAAAAAGAGUUCUUGUUAAGUGAAUAACUUUAGCUUUUACAGAGGAUUAUGAUCAAAAGCAGUUUAAUACACCUUAAAGGAUAUCUUAUUUCUACAUGGAAAGAUGUUAUAGAAUCUUCAUAGAGUUCUAUGAGAAUAAAAUAUACUUGCUAUCUAUAAAAAAAGAGAAAAAAGAGAAAAAAAUGAGAAAAAAAUAAGUCAAAAAAAAAAUACUUUCCUAGGCUUUUAUUCUUGACCUUCAGAGGCACGCAGGGUUUAAUGGUUUCUUGGGUUAUUAUUUUGCAAUUUUGUUUUUGAUUUUGCCUUAAGUAAUGAUAGAAGAUAUAUAUGGCUGGACACAUAUGUAUAAACUUUUCAGCAGCAUUUUUAAUAAUAAAAUAUCACAGUAUUUUCUAAUGCUUUGUGCAAAUAAUUAUGCGUCCAUUCU